UCAUUUCUCUCAGCCCUAAAAAAAAGCUUCACGCCGUUGUUCUUCUUCUUCCUCUGCUCUCUCUGUCCCAAACUCACAAAUCUCCGUCGAUUCAUCCCUCCCAGAUUGUUGCUUCUCGUGUUUAUGAUUGAUCUUCUUAAUGAGAAGCUGAUCCACUGAAGCCGCUUGAAGAUCUGCUUGAACGUGAGGGUCUUUUGACACGAAGAUUCAGUGAAAAAAAAAUGGCUUUUUGCAAUAAGCUAAGCCGUCUCGUGAGGCAGAGUGAGAACGCUUCCAUGAUUGGGUCUAUCAGGUCUUUCUCUGCUGAGGCCACUCACCAUAGAUACCACCAGGAGACUCACAACUUUCUUGAGCCAGAAAGCUAUAUUGGUAGCUGGGAAGCUCCAAAGGAUCCGAAAGACGCAGAGAGGAAGCUUGCACAACUUAGGAGAGAUUAUGCAAAGAAAGUUACAGUGUAUCGUAAAGAGUACAUUCAUGAGAUUGAGAUGCUUCGUGUUGAGAAGCAGGCUAAGGAUGAGGCUAGGUUGUUGGCUGAACGAGCUGCGAAUGAGGAGAGGAGACGGUUGAAGGCUGAGGCUGCUAAGGUUAGGGCUGAGGAACGUAAGAUUGCUGAUGAAGAGUUCAGGCAAACCCUGAUGAAAGAAAGAGCGGAGAAGCUAGAGAUCUGGAAGAUGAUGGGUAUAAAAAGGGAAGAGAAGAUCAAAGAGAGAAAGAAGCUACUACAUGAGCAGAGUUCAUUGUGGAUCGAGCCAAAGGAACUGGAGAGGAAGAUUACAGAAGCCUUGGUUGACACCAUUGUUCUUUAAACCAAAAGCUUCUCUUCUUUUGAAUCUUUGUUUUAAGGGAAGAUCACUUUAGUCCCUUUUGUUGAAAGACAACUCUUUUCCUUCUUCUUCUUCAGAUAGACAAAGAAAGGCAAAGGCUGUGUUUAGCCGUUUUGCAUUACGCACAUAAUUCGGAUAAAAACUUGAAAUACGUCUUCUGAACCGAUCUCUUGUUUGUGGUUUUGAUGUCGUCAUGUAUGGUGGUUAAUAAGAACAUCUGUCCAUUAAUUUGAAUC